UUUGUGCAAAUUAUGCUAAUUAUUUGCAUUCCCAAUUUUAUAUAAAAACGUGCAGUUGAGCUGAAGAAAGUAUCAUUUUCUAUCGGAUUCUACAUCUAGAAGGAAAUAAGCACUUCAAAAUGAAAUUCUUGAUCGUUUUGUGCGCAUUCGUUGCUGCUGCAUCUGCUGAUGUCAGUCACUUGUCCAACACUUACUUGCCUCCCACUCACCAUCAUGCUGCCUCAGCUCCCGCUGUAAGCUAUAGUGCUGCUCCUUCUACCUCUUCCUAUCAUGUUGAAGCUGCUUCCGCUCCAGCUGUAUCCUACUCAGCUCCUGCUACUCAAUCUUACCAUGUAGCUGCUUCUGCUCCAGCUGUCUCCUACUCUGCUCCAGCUACUCAAUCUUUCCACGCUGCUGCUCCAGCUGUCUCCUACUCUGCCCCAGCUACUCAAUCUUACCAUGUUGCUGCUUCAGCUCCAGCUGUAUCUUACUCAGCUCCUGCUCCAGCUGUAUCCUACUCUGCUCCUGCUACUCAAUCCUACCAUGUUGCUGCUUCUGCUCCAGCUGUAUCUUACUCAGCUCCUGCUACUCAAUCCUACCAUGUUGCUGCUUCAGCUCCAGCUGUCUCAUACUCUGCUCCAGCUACUCAAUCUUUCCACGCUGCUGCUCCAGCUGUAUCCUACUCUGCCCCAGCUACUCAAUCUUUCCACGCUGCUGCUUCCGCUCCAGCUGUCUCUUACUCAGCUCCUGCUCCAGUUGCUUCUUACUCUGCUCCUGCUGCUACUUUUGAGUCCGCUUCUUAUGAAACCGCUGCCUCCGAACCAGCUCACACUUUCUCUGCCUCCGAAGGUUACCGCUACAAGACCAACAAACGUCGCGUCAUCCGUCGUCGUCGUGAUGUCAGCCACUUGUCCAGCGAAUACUUGCCUCCUCACCAAGGUGCCUCUUCUUCUAUCUCUUCUGAGUACUUGCCCCCUGUAGCCGCUUCCGCUCCCGUUGCUCACUACGAAUCAGCUCCCUCUUACUCCGUUGCUGCUUCCGCCCCAGCUGUCUCAUACUCUGCCCCAGCUGUCUCAUACUCUGCCCCAGCUGCCUCAUACUCUGCCCCAGCUGCUUCCUACUCUGCCCCUGCUGCCUCAUACGAAACAGCUUCUUAUGAAACUUCUGCUUCCGCACCAGCUCACUCCUUCUCCUCUGCUGAAGGCUACCGUUACAAGACCAACAAACGUCGUGUCAUCCGUCGUCGUCGUUUCUAAGUUACACGUACCUAAGUUAUUUAUUUAGAUUCUAAGAAUCUAAAUGGAACUAAAAUAUUGUAUGUUAAAAUUGUUCCACAAUUUUUUUUUAUAUAAUAAAGAAAAUGAAUAAAAUUUAUUUUUUUCAAUAAAUUUAAUAAUCGAUUCAAAUGAAAUCAAA